AUGUCAUUCAACCACGGAAGACACCAAACGUUUGCGGACAACCACAUAAACCAUGCAGGCGGCAGUAUCUUUUUCAUCAAUGUUGAACAGCGGAAUCAUCCGCAUUCCACGACGUUGCCACUCGAGGAGGCAGGAUCUAUGGCAACCGACGACGAACAUAGACGAUCUAGUCGAGGACAUGCCAUUACCCCAGCCCAGAGCGAGCUUCAAAGAGGGUCGGAGACAGCGUCCUCGACACCGUCUAACUCGAACAACCCUUUUUGCGCUAACUUUGAGCCAAGGACGAGUGCGGGAACGAGUGGUUGUGAACGGGAAGUGCAGGACGAGAGGAUUUCUCCGCUCGAAAUUUAUCAAUCCUCGUCAGAGGUCCUUGCUUCCUCAAACUCCUCGCAUCCUACGGAAUCAAGGUCAGAUAUGGAGCAAGAGGAAGGAGCAGACUGUCAAUUUGAGGGAGCCUCCGUUGAACUGACGCCGCCGGCAGAUGCACUUACCAUUCCAGCAACGGCCUUUACCGCGAACAACAGCAGCUUCAAAAUAUAUGUGGAGCACAUGCUUCCUUACCGAUACGGGUUUCCACUGUGGUUCCCGCAACCCAAAAGCUCACUACCAAUCGAGUAUCAGAAGCAUGGGAUUGAUAUCGGCGACGUGGGUCUCAUCACUGCUGAUGGCUCGUUUGAGUACCUCUUCAACAUUUGGCGCCCUCGCGACGACCCUUUGAACCCUCAAGAUCUGCCAGACGACUUCGACACGUUUCAACGGCCACUGAGAAGAGUUUCGGGUCAGGAUGUUUUCGAUCCCUGUAGCGCUUUGUGCAGUGGAGCCAUCAAGUUCGAUACCAACUUGGACUCUUGCGAGUUUUCAUUAGCCUGCGAUUGUGAUCAAGGAGCGAUUCUUUGUUCACCAGAAGGUUCUUACAACGAGGACCUCGACAACGAAUUGGACGUCGAAAGUCUCAUCCUCCAGUCGGCUGAAAGCUGGUAUGCUUAUGCUCUGCGUCGAGGAGGUCGAUUAGCAAGAAACCAGUUAUACUUCGUCACGGGCCACAUGAAGACAUCUUCGUGGGGAAUAGCAACAUAUGACAGAUUUAUGCCCGCCCCAUAUAACGUUUUGAAGUUUGGAAAAGCAAAGUCCCCGUCUUCUCGAGCGUAUGUGUGGAAAGAAACGGGCAGGGCCACGGCUCGCACUGGGCCAUCCCUAGAUCCUACACUCCCUCGCGAUCAGUUCCGCAAGAACCAAACAUUAUUUGUGCGCGGUUUCAAGAUUGCUCUAUCUCCGGACGCAUGGGUGACUGCGUCUCGAAGGUCCUCCGUGAAGUCGGAGGAUGACUCCCCACGAGUGCUGGACGCUGCCAGUUUAUUUGGUUCUAGGAGGCAGAACACAACAGCCGGCAGCAGCUCUGGCCAUGGGUACCGUCCGCCCGGGUCAGGAACGCAAGAUUCAUGGUCGCUUUCUUCUAUGGGGCCGAGCCUCCAAUCAUAUCCACCAAGAGCAGAAUUCUUUCAUCCGUCUGACGUUAUCAAUGAGCUUCUCCUCGAGAUGAACCCUGGCGCGCGAGUUGUCCUAACUCACGAUAAGAACUGGUUUUCGCUUGUGCACCAGGAUGACAUCACACUACCCCCAGCAACUACACUUCACGCUCGCUUGGUCGAGCAUUUCGAGCUCAAUUGCCGUAAUGGUGCUGCAGUACUGGCGCCCACAAACGUAGUCGCUGAGGACCUUCAAAGAAACCCUGCGUUUACGGUUUCUCAAUCCUAUCAGGCCUCCAGUGUAAGCCACGAUGCAAGCAGGCCUGACGUUGCACCUUCCAUAUGCGUUUCAGAGUCACAAUCGACGCCAAACACGCUCGGAAUUGAAUGCGAUAUGAUAGCGUCAUCUGCGGGGAAGGCGAUCUUUCAUUGGAAUCGCUGUGAACACGAAAAGGCUGCAUCGAUGGACCGACCUACAUCUGCUAGUUUCGAUGGCUUCAGUGAUUUCGCCACUGGUAUUGUGUCUGCGGCUGAACUCGGGGACAUGGCAGGGAUCAUACAAAGUGAGGACCUUGAGACCGGAAUCAACAAACUCUCCUCUUGGAUUCGGAAACCACAGAGGCACACUAAGACGAAGUCUUUCGUUCAACUUCUCAGCCAAUGGACUGCGAAUGAGUUUGAAUUGAAAAAAUGGGUCUUCUUCCAAGAGAAGAAUACUGUCGGGCAACCGGCGAAGCCUUGGGCAGUCAUCAACUUCAGGAGUUGCGUCCGGCUUUUCCUCCAUGGUUGGGCACGCAAAGGCCUAUUUUCAACCAAGAUGUUAUUCGGUACCGAGGAACUAUGGUGGAAUGACCUUGCGGGAAGAUUCCAAAUUAGCCGAAGAAAAACAAAAAGGUGCCGACUCGGUGAUCCUCAGCCGAUAGACCUACGCAACACCGAAAUACCCUGUACCAGAGAGGAGGACAUGUCGAAUCUACCCUUGGUGACGAUUCACAAACAUCCAAACGUUGUUGCAUUCUCCAUCAGCCGCCAGAACCCGCACGAUGACAAUGAGACUAUUGAUACGAUUCUCCUCGCUUCCCGGACAUUUCAAGAUGCUCAUCCCGAUUCUGCACUCCAUCAUUUUGGAUAUCACUCGUUGCCAGCCAAGAAGCGCAAUCCACUAGCUAACGCGGAGCGCAAGUCACAAUAUCCGUCUCGCAUAUCGCCAUCCUCGAGAGGGUUUUCUUGCUCCCGAACUAUGAAUCAGUGCAGCGAGGCUGUCGAAUCUUCGUUUGAGCGACGUCCAUCUUGGGUGAGGAAGCGCUUCAAACAGCUAUCACCAAGCAGAUCUGCUUCACCUCGGAAUCGCAACCUCUUACCACGACCAGAACAAAAACUUUGUCAGGACAUUUUGGAUGAUAUUCCGGAUGAUUCACCUUACAUGUUGCUACCACUGUGGCCUGGCCAAACCGACCCAGCUUCAAGCAGAAAGUACCCAUUUCGUGUCCAUAUUCCGCUCAACCAACGUCUCUACCUCCUGGUGUGGUACAAACCGGAUCCAAGCCCCGAUGGGACGCUGCCGAAAUCGAGCCUAUUCUUCAAAAAGCCGUCGCCGCAGUCGUCUGCUUCCUCUCAAAUCUCAUUCACGAAAAAGGGUGACUGGAACCCCUUACGAAGUCACUUCCACUUCAGCGGUCGCAUUGUGGGACAUCAUCAGCUUCAGGGCACAGGUAUCCGCAUACCAAAGGAGGGUCUUCAUGUCCUUGGGCCGCUCGAGGAGGCUUACAAGAUGAGGCCAGCUCGGUUCGUGAACAUGUAUGGUGGUGCACAACUGGGACAGUGCUUCGGUCGAGAUUCCGGUAUGAUGUUCAAUGUCGAAGCUCUAGAAACGUUGGAUUUGUGUCGCACCACCCCCAUCAAACGAGAAAAGCUGCAGGACGGAGAUGGGGUUGCAAAUGAGCCAGCGCUAACGCCACUUGGAAGAUCAGUGCUUGAGAUGGCCUGGUUUGGGGGUAUAGCCUUGACGAGCUUUGCAUCAGCAUAG